GACGUGAACCAUUCGCCCAAGCACGCUGGACAAUGAGGAAAUGAGCGGUGAUGGGGAGGGAAGUAUCUGAGAUCACAGGAACAGGUAGAUAGAGGAAGGGCAUUUAUCACAAAUAUCAGUGCCAUGACUCAGAGAACCAGCUGGUCCUGAAAUGAGCGAUUUACCAGUGACACCUUCCAGCCCCCUGCGAUUGAUGAGAUAACUAAAACGGGCUAUAAAGCACCCAGGAGGAGAUGUCCCGUAUUCUCUGUGCUUGGCUCAUCCUCCGAAGAUGAAGGCUUUUCUGGUCAUCCUGCUGGCUGCCGUCCUGUGCAUAGAGCCAGGUGGUUCUUUGAAAUGUUACAUGUGCAAGAUGCAGCUCAGCAACUCCAACUGUCAGACACAGAAGCUGUGUGGCAACGACUCUCAGGCAUGCAAGACGGAAGUGAUCAACGUCGUGGGCAUUUUCAAUGUCAUCAACAAGGAGUGCGCUGUGUCGUGCCAGAUGAACUACCAGGACUUUACCGUGGGAAAGCAGAAUGUUUCCUGCUGCAGUACCGACCUCUGCAACCACAACAGGGUGGGCAGCGUGGGCAGCAGCUACGCCACCACGGCAGUGGGGCUUACAGCCAGCGUCAUCUGUGCCCUUCUGAGGAACGGGCUGUGAGGCGUCGGGAGGAGCCCUUCGGCCUGACAGGAUCCUGGCACUUCCCCGCUGCAGCUAGGAUGCUAACCACAGACCCCAGCUUCACGCUCAGCUCUCUUGUGCGCUUAAAGCUGGCUGCAGAUGCCUCCCUGGCAAGAGCUUCGUUCCUGCUGUUAAUUAAGAAUAAGAAACUCUGUGUGUGUGUGUGUGUGUGUGUGUGUGUGUGUGUGUGUGUGUGUGUGUGUGUGUGUGGUGUGCCUCUGAGAAGGACGCGCCGCUCGGCUGAUGCAUUUGUCACUCCGUCAAGUGCACAUCCGGGCGUGUGUGUUUGUGUGCCAGAGACACAGAUUUUGACAGACACACAUGCUUUGUCACUAAUGCUGUUGUCAUGUGUGCUAUGUGAGAUACCCUUUACUGUUGUAUAGCAAAGCAGAAGGCAUGAAUUGUACAUACAAAACUGUUGGAGCCCUGGUCUGUGACUCUGGCACCUAGGUGCGACUGCUGUACAAAUAAUAAAUGAAAACAAUAAAGGAAGGGAAUGUUUGGUGUGUUUUGGGGACCUGGUACCAUGCACACCAUGUCUAAUCAGCUUCUCAGCUGUCACCCCAGGGAAAGAAAGACCUAAGCUUCUCAACAGCCUGCCAGCUGCUUGAUUUCUUGUUAACGCCUUCCAGGCUGCUCUCCUUCCCCGACCCAGGCCUGGCCCCUGGAGACAUUUUCACCUAGAGUUACCCCAGCGUUAGGAUUGUUUGCAGUUGUUCCCCUCGUCUGCUGUUCUGAGUGAUAGUAGCACCCUCUGAAGCCGCCCUCCCUUCUGGUCUUUGGUUCUCUCUCACUGUGUAUGCUCCAGGCUACUCCCUGGUACAUGUCUGAUGGCAGAGACCAGAACAAGCUUUGCUGCAUGGCUGAUGAGGUGUUUCCCUUGGAGCAGCUCCAGGGUUAUGCACUGUACAGGGAAGAGUGGAGAGCAUAAACAAGCAAGUGCAUAUUUCCCAUCCCAGCAGCUUGAUUUCUGAGACGUGCAUGCACACACCCAAUACCACAGGCGAGCUCCAGAGGGAGAAGCCAGUGGUAGAAAAUCACUAACUGAACCCAGAGCAGGGAAGAUAAAGAGACUUGUCUGGACUGACUCUGCCUCAGGGAGAUGUUCUCAAUAUCACUCAGGAGCGGAGAGGGGAUCCUGUCUAGGAUCAUCACAAUAUUUCCUCCUCUCAGAACUGGCCCUGGGAUUUCUGGGGCCCUAUGCAGAAUAGCCCAUGGGAGAACCCACCUAGAUUCCUCCCUCCUUCCCGGGGAUAAUGGGAAUUUCCCCUACCUCCCAAGCACAUCCGUGCCACCUCCUUGCUGCCUGGGAGUCCCCAUUCAGGCCCUGGUGGCUCUCUCCUUCCCUCACAUGUUUAAGACUCUCUACUAUCUAACAUCCCUCUGAAUUUAAGUGGCAACUUCCUCCAUAGGGAGCGGCUCAGGACUAUCUCUGGCAUAGGAGUCCAUCCUCACUGACGCAACCUGUUUGCCUGCCCACACCUACCAGAGUACACAGGUGGCUAGACCAGGAUUGUGACUGGUUUGAGCAGUGCAUUUAGGAGCAAGAUUAGCCUCGUUAUGUAGGUGUGAUGAGGGGGUCCCAGCGACUCAUCCGCU